AUGGCCGAGCAGCGGCCGGGAGCCUGGUUCGGCUUCGGUUUCUGCGGCUUCGGACAGGCGCUGGGCCGCGGGCGCGGGCCGCAAGUGUCCAGCCCGGAGCCGCUGCCCGGGGGCACCGCCGUCCGCUGCGUGAGCGCCGCCUGGAGCUACACGGCCGUCGUGACCCGUGCAGGCCGCGUGGAGCUGUCGGGCUCGGCGAGCGGCGCGGCCGACGGCUGCAGGGCCGUGUGGGCCUCCGAGGGGCUCCUCGUGGUGAUGGGCGGCGGGCCGGGCCCCGAAGAAGCCGAGCUGCUGCGGGCCUGGGCGCCCGAGUCGGCGCUGCGCGGGGAGCCCCUCUGGGCCCAGAAGGUGCUGCGGGAGAGCGAGGCCCAGGCCGGGCCGCUGCCCCUGCUGCCCGGUGCCCGCGCCUACGUGAGCCCGCGGCCGCCGCUCUGCCGGGCCCUGGCCGCCGGGCUGCGGGCGCGCAGGCUGGAGCUGGGCGCCGAGCACGCGCUGCUUCUGGACGCCCAGGGCCAAGUGUUCUCCUGGGGCGGGGGCAGACACGGGCAACUGGGCCACGGCGGGCUGGAGGCUGAAGCUGAGCCCAGGCCAGUGGAGGCGUUGCAGGGCCUGAGAAUGGCCGAGGUGGCGGCUGGGGGAGCAAGCGUUUCUUGGUCCCCUUGCUGUCUUUCAGAGGUUGGGAAUGUUUAUGUCUGGGGAUGGAUUGAGUCAGGACAGCUGGCUCUGUCUACCAGGAGCCUGGCAGGAGACACAGGGCAAGGCGCAGGGCUGCAGGAAGAUGGCUUGGAAGAGGAGAGAGCAGCGGGGGACGAGGAUGCAGCCCCUGCUGCCUUCAUAGCUGUGCAGCCCUUCCCAGCCUUGUUGUAUCUCCCCCUGGGUGCAGAGGUGGCCAAGGCCAGCUCUGGGUCCCGACACACAGCCGUGGUGACACGUGAGUGGGGCUAGGCAUGCUGGCUUGGGAUGGAGUGGAAUGGCCCCCUGUGCACUGGGCCUGGUAGGGGCAUCAUUGGCUGUGCAG